CGACUUCGCGAAGCAAAUCGGGGAAAUGUUAGAACAGCUCUCUUAUAUUGAUGAUUGUGACACGCUUGGCCAGAAAACAGACAAGAGAGAUAUGCACAAGGCACUCGUACUGGUGUAUCAGAAACUCCUAGAGUUCUACAUCACCGCAUUUGAGGUUUUAUCCAGGAAAGGAGUGAAGCUGGUGAUGAAGAUGAUUCCGGAGAACGACUGUCUGCCAAACAUUGUCAAAGAGUUUUCGAAAUAUGCUGACAACCUCUGGAACUUUGUGCAAAAAGCGACGUGGGAAAUUGUUGAGGAUAUCAAAGCUAUGCUCUACUAUCAUGAAAGGAUGUUUUCCCACACUAAAAUAUGUUAAGUAUAAUCUAAUCAAUCCCUAGUUGCGAGGUGGUUAGGUAGUGAGAAGAUGAGCCGGCAAAGCCAAUACCAUGCUUAUUUACAGGAGAUUCGAGUCGACGAGGCUUGCAAAUUCUUGCUGAAAGAUGCUAAAUUCAUUAACUGGCGUCACGCUACCGAUUCCCAGCAGCUAGUGAUUCUUGGCGAUAUAGGUUGCGGGAAAACUGUUAUGAUGGCGUAUCUCAUAGACGAGCUACGCCGACGAAAUGAGCACCAGUUGCCUCAGCCCAAGAUAUGCUACCACUAUUGCCAGAACGACGAGAUUGGCCAGGCUAUCUGCACAUUCUCUGUCCUACUUCUAUCACUCCUUGAACAGUUCUCUGGCUUGAAGAGAACUUUCUUCGAAUGGUACCAGCAAGCCGCGGCUUCCGGAAUCGAGCCAGCGACAUAUUUCAAGAAUCCAAACGAAUGGUUGCAAAAAGCCCUGGAAACACUUGAUCGCCCACUUCUCCUUGUUAUUGAUGGUCUGGAUGAGUGCAAUAGAGCCUCCCGGAACAGUCUUCUCAAGUCGUUAAGAAAUCUAUCGCAAAAGUCCCCGAGGCUCAAAAUUCUACUUUCUUCCCACCCUCAAGAAGAGAUCUUCGAGCAGUUGAGCGGAGUGGCCAAGAUUGCUUUGGGUUCUGACGCCGGGCGAGACAAGGUUAUCGUUGAAAAGACAGUCGAGAGGCAGUUGUUCUAUUUGUCGAAGGACGUUAAAGAACUCGUAACGGAGACACUAUCUCGCCUGGCACAGGGAAGCGCUAUUUGGACGAAGAUGACAGUUGAGCUCAUCGAAGUCCACGGCAUCAGGGGGCUUGGUCCGAUGCGAGUUUUCUUGGGGGAAACACCACAGCCUGAACAACACUGUCUUAAUACGAAUCAUCAUGAGUUGUUCAGCUUCACGAGACCGGUACGAGUCGGCACGGAUGCUGCUACAGUAUCAGAAGGUGGCGCUAGUGAGAACGGUAGUUUCUGGGACGAACAGCAAGAACCUCUGCGGGAAGCGGCGCGACUUGCGAUCUAG